CUAAGGGAUCGCGCAAUGUCAGAUGUUCAAAUGUUAAAUUGUUACCAGUAGCAGAUCAUGCAAAUGGUAUAUGCACGUCAGCUUUGUGAGGAUCUAGUCUAACAGAACAGGUGCUUUGUCGCACUUCAACCGCUGGUAUUAGGACACUAUCCUUGUCUUCAACUUAAUGAAAAAAAAUAUAAUAAUACUUCUUAAGAGUGUUUUAAAUGAUCAUUGAUCGGAUAAGGGACAUACGCUGGUUUAAGGGAAAUUUAAAAUCGAUAUGAGUACAAGUCUUGCCAAGAAAGAGGGCGGUCCUCUUGGCCGAAAGCAAUCAGUGAUGCCGGAUCCCACUGCACGGAAACAGUCGAUGAUACCACCGGACGCCAGACGGCCGUCCGUACUUCCGUCGACUCUUGAUCCACAGCACGGAGCGACCGGUCGCCGGGCAUCAGUCAUGAUGAUGGAUCAUCCCAGAAGACCGUCUCAGGACCGCAAACAGUCCAUCGUCGAAUCGACGACUGGACGGUCCACGAUGAUUAUGACGUCAGCUCACACACAUCGACCGAACGUCCGUUACGAAAACACAUACAAAACGGAACCCGACGUCAAAUUCAGAAGCUUCGAUGUGCGGAAUGCUAUCAAGGAGAUUUUUGAACGUGAACUUGGAACCAUGAAAUAUGAUAAAGAGAAAUGCAUAAGUUUGACUACAACUCUGUCAGAAAAAAUUAAACAUUCUGUGAAAAUUCUGGGAUUCCCGCGGUACAAGAUUGUGGUAGUUGUCGCCAUUGGGCAGCAGGAAACACACCCUUCUAUUGCCUUUACUAGUCGCUGCAUCUGGAACCAGGGUACGGAUAAUUUUUCCGAGUACACAUUUAAUAACGCCUCACUGUACGCUGUGGGAUUAGUGUACGCCAUGUACAUGGACUAAUGUGGAACUAAUGAGCGCAAUAUACACAUGGACUACCGACGGUGCUUCGUCAUUCAAAACAUACAUAAAUGUACCAACGAAUUAUCAGAUCUAAUUAUAUCAGUGGCCAUAUUUUGUGUUGUUAUUUUGCGUAGACGCACAGGUAAAACUAAUGGAUUUUUUCCUUGGAUGAAAAUGUUUGCCGUGUAUAUUGAAACAAGCUGUGAUUUCGUCUAUUACUUACAACUGAAAACCUAUUGGAAAAGGAAUUAUCAAAGCAAUGUGCUGUCAAGAAUGACUGUAUAAUUCAUUUAUGUCUAUUUAUUUCCUAUCUGUGUGUCGGAUUUGGUAGAGACUCAUAUAUUCUACCUUGAGCUGCUAAUUGAAAUUGGAAGCUUUUGAAGUCUUAGUGCCGACAGGUUCCUCCAGCAAUGAGCUUUAGAAUUAUUUUUCGUUUUCUUUGGCUGUGUAAUAUUGUGGUCCACUUUGUCGAUCAUAUAAUAUGCAAGCGAAGAUUGCUUCAGUAAAUACUUUUACUAUUAUAUCGGAGGAAAAAAUCUAUAUAUCGCAUUAUUUGACUUGUUCCUGCAAUAAAUAAUUUUAUUCAAAUGAAAACAAAAUAUCGGCAAAUCUUUUCUUUACCCGACAUAUAAACCUCACUGUGUCGAGCAGAUGGAGCCUCUGAAUAGAAUUUUUUUUUUUUUUAAUUUUUUGUUUGAGGAAGUUUACAAUGCUUUUAAAUAAAUCAAUUGGAAUAGAU